AGACGUUCUUUUCUUCAUUACAAAAUAGACAGGAUAUUGUCGAGAAUGCAUUAAUAGUAUAUCCAUACAUUCCAUUGGCUUACAAUGAUAAUUACGUGUUUUUUAUAUCAUAAUGACGGAUUAAAGAGCAGACGUCUAUUCCAAAAUUGGACUACAUCAUUAAACAGCUUGUAGGUCUUGGUUAUACGAUUUUUUUUGGAUAGUUUGGAGAUUUGAGAGAAAAAGAAAAGGGAAUAGGCAUUUCUGUUGGCAAUUUCAGGUAAGAGUAUGAUGGAUGGAUUUGGAGAGAAAUGAGAUUUGGGAUAAACAGCAAUAUUUCUCGAACAGAAACAGAGGGAAAAUGGUCAAAGUGGAGCAAAGACCAAGGACAAAGCGACACGUGGCAGCAUGAAUAUGAAGGAUAGAGAGAAGGGAGGUGAGCCAUCAGAUGAGAUCCAUGUUUCUCUCCCCCCACAUUUCUCUCUCCUCCCUCUGCUUAUAAUUUGCUUCCUCAAACUAACCCCAAUGGAGUAACCAAACCACAACAUUAAUAACUCCACCAAACAAACAAAUCACUUCGUCCUUCAGAAAACAAUCCUCACAGCUACCUGUAUAACAACAAAGAAUAGCACCACAAGCAACACAGAAGACAGACUCUUGCAUUACAAGAUCGAGGUAAUCGAAAAUGUCGUGGCAGACCUACGUGGACGACCACUUGAUGUGUGACAUUGACGGCCAGGGACAGCAUCUCACCGCCGCUGCCAUCGUCGGUCUUGAUGGAAGUGUCUGGGCCAAGAGCUCUUCCUUCCCUCAGUUUAAGCCAGAGGAGAUGACUGGUAUCAACAAGGAUUUCGAGGAACCGGGUCACCUUGCUCCAACUGGCUUGCACCUUGGAGGCACAAAGUACAUGGUAAUCCAGGGAGAGCCUGGCGCUGUCAUUCGUGGCAAGAAGGGCUCUGGAGGAAUCACCAUAAAGAAAACUGGGCAAGCUCUAGUAUUCGGAAUCUACGAAGAACCAGUGACUCCAGGGCAGUGCAACAUGGUGGUUGAGAGGUUGGGCGAUUACCUCGUUGAUCAGGGCCUGUAGGCUAAUUAAUAUUAUACCAUGUUCAUCAUCUCCUAGUAUUUCAAUUUUGGAUUUUAUUUUUAUGUUUCUAUUAUUUUUGUUUCGGGGUUUUGGUUCCCAGUCUGCAUCUCCUUCAUCCAAAACCCUAAAAACUGGUGGUGAAGUUGGUGCAGACAAUAACCAUGUGACAAGGACUAAAAGCAGUUGUUUGGUGUUUGAAAUUGUUCAAAUUGCAUAAACUCUAUAUUUUUUUGUAUCCUUUUAUUCCCUCCCUAUUUUCGUUAAUUUCUUGUAGUUUUUCUUAAAGAAUCUCUACGCCUGGCAAAAGCUUGCCAGCACAUAUUUGCAUAGCUGGUUGUGAGUAUGUGAUUUGGUUUUUUUUUUUUUUUUUUUUUUUCUCAUGAAAAUUAUGAGAAUGUGCUCUCUACACGUUUAGUACAAUAAUGAAUCAAACAACUACUUGCAUAUAAAGAAGGACGUGUCCAUGGGAUGAGGGAAACUUAUCAACAACAGAAUUAUCAAUUUAAAGGUAUUUUAGUUAAUGAGAUAUAUGUUAACUUUUUCAUACGACAAUGCAUAAUAGACUUAAGAUAUCGUAGAUGUGACAUUUCGAUUGCAUGAAAGUUCUUUCUUAAUCAUUGAUGCACUUGUAAGCCACAUUGCUAGUUGGCAACCAUUGAUCUUCAAAUAAUACAUCCUCCCAUUUUGGUGUUUGAUUAAUGGUUUUGCUGGCAAGGGAAUACUUGUCAUCUUUUUUGUUUUAAUGGUGGGGAAAAUCUACCAUCGUGGAUUGCCAUUUUUUAAAAAGAAAUGAGAAGGACCUCAGAAUUGUAAGUUACUGCAUGUCCUCACGUAUCAUAGAGAAUAUCUCCAAAUCAAAAAAAAGAAAAAGGACUUCUUUGGGAAAGUGAUAGGACAGAAAUCUAAGUUAACUGUUAGGGUUAAGAAAAAGAAUCUGAUCUAGGUCGACACGGAGAGAUCUAAGAGGUGGAAGAGGGUGGUCGUUGAUGAAUGA